GUUGUUCACCGGGUCAGUCCUCAGUUCUCGUGCAAUCGUCGAAUCAAUCAGUCCGAACGCGAACUGCCGGGAGCUGAAAGCUCGACACCACGCGGACCGAACGCUGCCUUUCGCAUUUUCGCGCGGCAGUUUCAAAGUUUAACAAUUUGUUGAUUUCGUUUGGCCGGCGAUUUUUUAUUUGGAUGCUGACACACGAAAUUCAUUAGCGGCGCUAGAUGACCAAGCUUGGCAGAAGUAUGUCUGCUUUACUCCUAACCAUCGUAGGCAUCUCAGCGUUUCAACAGUGUCCAGUUUGGAGGGAAAUCGCACCCUGUGCCUGCCGCCGUUCGCAAGCAAAGCUCUCUUCUAUUACGUGCGACAAGAUGGGCUCUUACGGCCAGGUAGUGAAUUUGUUGGGAGGUCAUUUCGGACCCACCGACAGGGUCUCCCUUAAAUUGUCGUCGUCGAAUCUGCAGGAUCUCGAAUAUAGAGCGUUCAAAGAAUUAAAUGUAUCUAUCGAAAACCUAAAACUAAACCACGACCACAUAGGCGAAAUUAAUGAACAAGCUUUCGAAGGACUAAACAAAGUGAAUUAUUUGAGCUUAGCCGACACGACACUUGAAAGGGUACCUGAGAAGUUGUGGAAGAAAAUGCCGGCAAUAAAAACGUUGGACUUGGGAAGAACGAAAAUCACGGAAAUAACAUUGUCCAAUUUUAAAGAUCUGCCCAAUUUGGAAUGCUUGGUUGUGCCGGGCAAUCAGAUCAGUCGCUUAGACAAGGGAUCCAUACCGGCAAGGGUCCAACGCUUACACCUCGGUAGGAACAAACUACGACACUUGAACCACACUUUGGUGGGACUAAAAGAUUUAGGGUGGCUUUUCGUCAACACUAACGAACUCGAAGAUUUGGAAGAUCAAUUGCCCAGCGAAGCGCCGGAUCUGAAGCUGAUACAUGCUUCUCAAAAUAGAAUAAAACGGCUACCGCAGCAACUGAAGAAUUACCCAGCGUUAGACUCUCUAUUUUUUCAACACAACGCGUUAAUUUCAUUAGAAGGUGCGCUAACAAAAUCAAAAGAGCUGGUGAGGCUGGUUUUGGAAUAUAAUAACAUUAAUAUGAUAACCAAAGACGAUUUCCAAGAACUUGAAAUGCUAGAAUCGCUACUCCUGGGCCACAACCACAUAACGACCCUGAACAACUCGCUCAUCGGCCUCCGAAAUUUGAACUUCCUCAAUAUGACAUUCAAUCGACUCACAGAAUUUUCUUUCCAAGACGUCGUGGGACUCCAGGAAUUGAGAAGCAUGGAUUUGUCAUUUAAUCAGAUAACGAACAUAAUUGGACCAGCUGCAAACCUGGUGGAAUGGGAUAUCAAACUUACGGAACUUAAGCUAGACCACAACCUAUUAGAAACUUUAAACGGGGCGCUGAGCGGGUUGCCCGAAUUGCUCCGUCUGAAUCUCAGCUUCAACAAGUUAAGGAGGAUUUCUCCCGACGAUUUUAUUGGACUGGAUCAACUUAGAUUGCUCGACAUAAGUAACAACCUGCUAACGACGUUGGAAGAGACCAGUCGAACUUUUUUACCACGACUAUCCGAGCUCCGUGCAAGUCACAACAACCUGACAGUCCUAGAGAAAGAUUUCCACGGGCUUCCGGUACUGUGCCACGCAGAUUUAUCGAGUAAUCAGAUCGUGGCGCUAGGUAGGGACUUGGUCACGAAAACCAGAUGCAAAAUUGAACACGGCGUUCACGAGGGCACCUGGGACACAUUGAAAAUAUAUCUCCAAGAUAAUCCAAUUUUAUGCGACGCCGCACUACCGGAAAUAAUGUCCGCAAUGGAAAUAAACCACACCCGCAUUUACGGGGUCUCGCACUGCCCGCCCCUAAGCGAACAACCGGUAACUUCAAAACCGAACGGUUUCUUGGGUUACAUACCCGAAACGGACGCCCAGUUGGAAACCCAAGAUCACGACUUCGACGCGAAAACCCUUACAAAUGUAUUAGAUUCUACUAAUCAAUUACAACCGAAAUUACAUCCGGAGAGUCUGGGGGUGGCAAACGUGGAAUUUCACUCCAGCCAAAAGUAUUCUAUCGAACAUUUGGAAGGCAUAACACCAGAAAUGAGAAUACACCACGACCAACCAAUAGCAUUGACACUGCAACCCCUGAAUAUCGCGAACAGCACAUCAGAUAGCAACGACCUUAGAAACUCCACAAAUUUCGAUCCGAUAACACAAGGACAGCAGAUAACGAAACUGGCUUCGGAAAUAGAAGAGCUGAGAAGUCGCAUCGACCAACUGAGCACUCAAAAUGAACUGCUUCUCAAUAAAACGAUUUUAGAACAAAAAGAGCUGCUGCAACGAUCGCCGAAAGAGGGCGACAGUAGAAAAACUUAGU